AUGAGCCGGCCGCCGGCUCUGCAGGCACAGACCUGCGGUCCCUGGGAGAUGAAGGAGCGCCUGGGUACCGGCGGCUUCGGCAACGUCAUCCGUUGGCACAACAAGGAGACCGGCGAGCAGGUGGCCAUCAAACAGUGCCGGCAGGAGCUGAGCCCGCGCAACCGCGACCGCUGGGCGCUGGAGAUACAGAUCAUGAAGAGGCUGAACCAUCCAAACGUGGUGGCUGCCCGUGAUGUUCCUGAGGGAAUGCAGAAGCUUGCACCAAAUGAUUUACCGUUGCUGGCCAUGGAGUACUGCCAGGGUGGAGACCUCCGCAAGUACCUGAAUCAGCUGGAGAAUUGCUGUGGUUUGCGGGAAGAAGCUAUUCUCAUCUUACUAUCUGAUAUUGCCUCUGCUCUCAGGUACCUUCACGAGAACAGGAUCAUCCACAGAGACUUGAAACCAGAGAACAUUGUGCUGCAGCAAGGAGAGCAAAGGUUAAUACACAAAAUCAUUGACCUUGGAUAUGCUAAGGAGUUGGAUCAGGGUAGCCUAUGCACAUCAUUUGUUGGGACACUACAGUACUUGGCUCCAGAGCUGCUGGAACAGCAGAAGUACACGGUUACAGUGGAUUACUGGAGCUUUGGCACACUGGCUUUUGAAUGCAUUACAGGCUUCAGACCAUUCCUACCCAACUGGCAGCCAGUACAAUGGCAUACGAAGGUGCGACAGAAGAGUGAGCUGGAUAUUGUUGUUUCAGAAGACUUAUCUGGAGAAGUCAAAUUUUCCAGCAGUUUACCCUGCCCAAACAAUCUAAACAGCGUUUUGGCUGGGAAAUUGGAGAAAUGGCUGCAACUCAUGUUAAUGUGGCACCCACGGCAGAGAGGUACAGAUCCUGUGUAUGGGCCCAAUGGGUGUUUCAAAGCUUUGGAUGACAUCUUGAACUUGAAGUUACUGCAUGUUUUGAAUAUGGUUACGGGAACUGUGCACACCUACCCUGUGACAGAGGAAGAGACCCUGCAAACAGUGAAGGCCAGGAUCCAGUCAGAUACUGGGAUCCCAGAGCAGGAUCAGGAGCUACUGCAGGAGGCUGGUCUUGCAUUGUUUACUCAGAAGCAUUCAGCUGAUAGCAAGGUGAAUGAUGCUGCAGCUGCAGACACAGACCUCCUCUUCCUCUUUGAUAAUCAGAAAGUUGCCUAUGAGGCUCAGGUUGCCUUGCGACCUCAUCCGGAAAGUGUUGACUACAUCCUUCAGGAUCCAAAGAAGAAUCUGCACUUUUUCCAGCUGCGGAAAGUUUGGGGUCAGAUCUGGCACACAAUCAGGAUGCUGAAAGAGGAUUGUAACCGGCUGCAGCAGGGACAGCGAGCAGCCAUGAUGAAUCUAUUGCGUUACAAUAGUACUCUCUCAAAGAUGAAGAAUUCUAUGGCCUCCCUUUCCCAGCAGCUGAAAGCAAAACUGGACUUCUUCAAAACAAGCAUUCAGAUUGAUCUUGAGAAGUAUAAAGAGCAGAUUGAAUUUGGAAUUACUUCUGAGAAGCUGCUGUUUGCCUGGAAAGAGAUGGAGCAAGCUGUGGAACUUUGUGGUCGGGAGGAUGAUGUGGAUCAGCUAGUAAAGAGAAUGAUGGCAUUGCAAACAGAUAUUGUGGACCUUCAGAGAAGCCCCCUGGGUCGUAAACAAGGAGGAACACUGGAGGAUUUAGAAGAACAAGCCAGAGAGUUGUACCGGAGACUGAGAGAGAAGCCAAGAGAUCAGAGGACAAGUGGUGACAGCCAAGAAAUAGUACGGUUGCUCUUACAGGCAAUCCAGACCUUUGAAAAAAAAGUCCGAGUCAUUUAUGCUCAACUCAGCAAAACUGUAGUUUGCAAGCAGAAGGCACUGGAAUUGUUCCCCAAAGUGGAGAAAGUGAUGAAUCUGAUGAAUGAAGAUGAAGAAACAGUUGUAAGGCUUCAGGAGAAACGACAGAAAGAACUGUGGAACUUACUGAAAAUUGCUUGUAGUAAAGUACGUGGUCCUGUUAGUGGCAGUCCAGAGAGCAUGAACAUGUCACGUCUGAAUAGCCCUGGUCAGCUGCUGCUGCAGGUCCCUUCUGGAACCUACGCUUUACCAGAAUCUGUCAGGAAAAGUGAGGAGCUACUGCUGGAAUCGCAGAAACUGUGUAGCCAACUAGAAAACGUGAUGCAUGACACGAUGAAGGAUCAGGAGCAGAGCUUUAUGGCUCUCGACUGGAGCUGGCUUCAGCUUCAGGCAGAAGAAAGAAGCAAUCCAGAACAAACCCAUAUGUAAAAUCACCUCAGCUGCCUCUGAAGACAUGCUACCUGAGUAAGCCAACUGUGAUAAUCUGCUGCCUCUAGAAAGGGAAGUGCCUCUUUUUACUGCUGCCUACUGCUUAUGUGAGAUACGUGGCACAGCUUCUAGUAUCCACAUCUCAGAUACUUUAUUUCUGAAGGAUACAGUAGGAUAGUCAUUCCCUAACUGCUUGGAAAAAGUUCUUAACAGUGCCUUAAGACAGCAGAUAUUCUUACUGUAUGAUUUGAUGUUUCUUCCCUUAGGCACCAUGUGUGGUUGUUCUUCUGCCUUUCAAGCUUUCUGAUGAAAAAUGGACAAUGCACGCAGUCACCUCGCACUGUCACUGGUCUAUGUCACCUUCCUCAAACACCUGAACUGUGAACACAUUUUCUUAGGCUUUGCUGAUUUGCACUUUUUUUCUUAAAUGUAACAGUUAUAAUUACUUAAUACUUGUUUCCUGUAUGGGAACGAAAUUAUCUGAAGUGUGAACUUUUUGUUUGUUCUUUUUAAUGUACUCAAAACAUUUUAAUGAAAAAGCUGAUUUUACUGUAUAGGCCUCUUAAAUGUGAGGUAAAGGUGUUAGCUUAAAGAGCACAGAAAAGCAAAUUGUUAGAUACUUUUUCCAGUUAAAAUCCUAAAACACUGCAGCACCUCUCCUGUGAGAAAAGGCACUUCAUAGCCUAGAACAGAGAGAGGCUCAGUGGUGAAUUUGAUCAAUGUAUAUAAAUACCUGAAUGGAGUAAGCAAUGAAGAUUGAAUCUGUUUUAUUUUUCUUCCAA